GCAGACUGCUGGAUAUCGCCUGGAAACCACAGCUUCAGCUCCAUGAUAUAGUUCUCGCCCAACAUUGGAUGACUAAAGAGGAAGAAGAUCUCUGCAACCAACAGAAAAACUUCAGAGUGGAACAGGAGGAUCCAGAGCCUUUGCAGAUUGGAGAGGAGCAGGAGGAACGAGAACCCCCACAGAUUAAAGAGGAAGAUGAACAAGAACUUCCACAGAUUAAAGCGGAGCAAGAAUGGCUCUGCAUUAGUCAAGAUGAAGAGCAGUUUGAUCUGAAGCAGGAGACUGAUACCUUGAUGGAGUUUCCUACUUAUGAGGGAAAUGAGAACAGUGAAGCAGAUCUGAACAAUCCGUGGAGUUUUAAUGGAACUGAUAGUCAAGAUGAACAAGGAAGUCAAUUUGAAGAAUUGCCAUCAAAGACAGAUGAAGAGACAAACUCACAGAACAGAGAUCAAAGAAAGACGAGAGACGAGGUCAAAAAUGUGGACAGCUCCCACAUGUCAGAAAGCCAGUGUGACCGUGGGGAAUGUGGCAAAAGUUUUGAAUCAGAUGAAAACAUGAGAAUCAAUACAGGAGAAAAGCACUGUUCUUGUCUACAGUGUGGCAUGAGAUUUAGUUGUGUAUUUAGUCUCAAAACACAUAUGAUAACUCACACAGGAGAAAGGCCUUUUUGUUGUAGAGAAUGUGAUAAAAGUUACACUGAUUUAGCUGGUCUCAAAAGACACAUGAGAAUUCACACAGGAGAAAAGCACUUAACUUGUAAAGAAUGUGAGCAAAGGUUUAGUAAAAUGUCUUAUCUCAAAGCACACAUGAUCAGUCACACAGGAGAAAAGCCUUUUUGUUGUGGGGAAUGUGAUAAAAGUUUUCUUGAUUUAGCAAGUCUCAAAAGACACAUGAGAAUUCACACAGGACAAAAGCAUUUUUGUUGUGGGGAAUGUGAUAAAAGUUUUACUGAUUUAGCUGGUCUCAAAAGACACAUGAGAACUCACACAGGAGAAAAGCCUUUUGCUUGUCAAGAAUGUGAUAAACGUUUUAGUGCAAUGUAUAAUCUCAAAACCCACAUGAGAACUCACACAGGAGAAAAGCCCUUUGCUUGUAAAAUAUGUCAUAAAAGUUUCAGUCGGGUAUUUCAUCUCAAAACACAUAUGAGAACUCACACAGGAAAAAAGUGUUUAUCUUCUAAAGAAAAAGGUUUAGUCGCAUAUUUCACAUGAGAACUUACACAGGACAAAAGCCUUUUUUCUUGUAAAGAUUGUGAUAAAUAAUUCAGUGAAAAUUCUCAACUUAAAUAAACAACAGGAGAUUGUCUUUUCAAUUCUAUUUAUAUAUCUCAAUAUCACAAAACAAUUGCUUAAUUGGGCUUCAUGCCAGUAAUUUUAAAGAAGCAGAGGUCUUUCAUAAAAUAUAAACAAUAGCUUAUUGGGAAAUUAAACAGACUAAAUAAAACUGGUUAUCCCUGCACUUAGACCCUGCCUCCCGGUAAGGAAAAACACCUUAAAGAAAACUUGAUUCAGGAAAAAAAUAAAAUAAAAUUGGCCCUACCUAUCAAUUUUAACUACACCUUCUAUUAGAAAAACCCUUUACGCCUCAAAAAUAUUUACCCCAACACACACACAAGCACAGGCCCACAUACAUUAUACAAAGAAGGUGUGAACUCUAAUCUUCUGCCCCCUACCCCAUCCCUGGCGAAGGGAACCAAGCACUCGGAAACGGCGGCCGUAUCUCUUGGAUAUGGUUCUGGCCUUUCCCCCUUGAGUGCUGGGUUUCUUCAAAACUCCAACAGGUUGGUUCGACCAUGUUCAAAACACUCUUCAGGGACCCCCACUUCUCUUGGACAUCCCUGUCCCGGGCGGGUAUGGGUGGGAUCCUGGAUGCUGCUUUGUGUAUUGUCACCGGGUACUCUCCGUCUUUUUCAUUCCAUCGUUCACUUCAGCAAAACAGAAACACUCACCUGAGCACAGGUGUCAGCUCACCUUUGCGCAAAUGGUAUGUGUGACAGAAUGAAAUGCUUUAUAUGUGUUGGUUUAUAUACAUAAAUAUGUGCUUGUGAACUGUAGUUGUAUUGUGUACAUGUUGACAAGUUUUGUAUGUGAAGACCUUUGGAGCCGCCAGGUAUGUUCUAAGAAAAUUCCAAUAAAAUGAAAGGUCUGAUAUC